CUGCCAUUUCUUUACUAGCCCCUAUUUCAGAGCGAAUGAUUUCUGCCCAGCGUGGGGGCGGGUGAGCCGGGAAACUGGGAGAAGCUUCAGUGGGGCUGAGUCACUUUAAGAAGGAGGGUGGAGAGAACGGUGGGAGCAAGAAGCACUCAGGCAGGCCUGGCACCUCCUCUCUUGACAACAGCCACUGAGAAGUUGUCCACAAGGGGAGCCCCACGAUGGGAUUUCCACUUAAGAAAAGUCACUCCGCUCGUGUGCUGACGCAGGGGAGAACCGACUGGAAGAAGCAAGCCGUAAGGUCUGCAGACAAUUGUGAAGCUAUUGAAAUCAUUCAGAGGUCAUCCAGUAAACUUCUGUUAAGCAUCUAUCGUGCGCCAGCCUGGUCCCAGCACAGGAGAAUGGCAGCGAGUGUAAAGGUGUGGGCCCUGCCGUCAAGGUGGUCACGGGCGUCGCACUUCAGAAACAGAAAUUGUGGACACACGCCAUGCCUUAGAGGUGCUCCCUGGUUAGUUGGGGAGAAUCAGCCAAACAAGAAUGCUAAGAUAAGUGAUGGCAAGGGGAGUGUUAGAAGUGUUGUGGGCACACAGAAGGAGGAGCAGCGAAGAGCUUCAAGACAAAAGGGUGCUCUGGGCAGAGGAAACAGCGCAGGCCAAGGCAUAGAGGUAUGAACGAGCCGUGUUACAUCUUGGCCCCAACGUGCCUUUCCAGACUUGUCAUUCUGCGCUCCAGUUACUUCCAGUGAUUCCCUCCCAAUUCUUCGAACGCAGCUCUGUGCUUUUAUUCUUUCUUUUACUCAUCCUUAAAUUCCUCUCCCUUCCUCCCAGUCAACUUCUACUCAUCCUUCAAGGCCCAACUCACACGUCGAGGCUUCUCUGAUGUCCUUUCUGACAUCCGCACUCUACCCUGGGAGCGGCUGUUCCUCCCUCCUCUCUCCUGCCACCUGCUUUGAGCUUACCUCAAUCAUCACACUCGUCCCAGCUGUACAGAAUUUUUAAUUCAAUUUUUUAAUCCUCUUUGUUUAUCUUUUGUUUUCUUCUCAUUCUAAUUGACAAACUCCUUGAAGUCAGGGGCAGUGUAUCAGUUAGGAUUCAGUUUGGCUAUGUGUGAUAAAAAACCUAAGCUAACCCGGAGGUGGAGAGUCCUGGCUGGUAUGGCAGCUGCAUGGUCAUCAGAGACCUCAAUUCCUGCCAGGUUGCUGCUUUACCUUCCUCAUUUUGUGGCUUCCUCUUGGUGCCAAGACUGUUGCUUAAACUCUAUACAUCCUAUCAACAUUCCAGCUACCCAGAAGAAAGAAGGGCCAAAGAAAAGAACACAUCCUCCCUUUAGGGCUGCUUUCUGGAAGUUGCAAAUUACAUUUUCAUUGGAACUUAGUCACAUGAUGACAUAGUCACCAGCUACCAGGGAGCCUAGGAAAUGUAGUCUCUAUUCCAGGCAGCCGUGUACUCAGCUAAAAAGCAGAAGUCUGUUGCAAAAUAGAGGAGAACUGAUAUUGGAAGACAAUUAGCAAUUUCUGCCACAGUGGAAAACAAGGAGAGGUCAAGGAUGAUUGCUCUGAUCCAGCCUGGGCUGGCUGUGGGAUCAUGGCGUCACUCACCAAGAAAUGGAAGAAAAUAAUAGCUGCUGGUAAUUGAACACUUCCUGUAUGUCAGGCACUGUAUGAGAUGCUUUGUCCACAUUUCAAAGGUGGGGUAAUUGGAGUCCUGGCUGUUUACCCAAGCUCCACCCAGCCCAGCAAGCAAGAGCCCUGGGAAUGAGCCAUAGCCGUAGGCUGCUCUUGUGCCAAUGACCUGUCUCAAUUCCUCCUCCGACUUAGAAGACAAGAUGUGUGAGGGGAACAAGACCACCAUAGCCAGUCCCCAACUGAUGCCCCUGGUGGUAGUCCUGAGCACCAUCUCCUUGGUCACAGUGGCGCUCAACCUGCUGGUCCUGUAUGCUGUGCGGAGCGAGCGGAAGCUACACACUGUGGGGAACCUGUACAUCGUCAGCCUCUCGGUGGCAGACCUGAUUGUGGGAGCUGUUGUCAUGCCCAUGAACAUCCUCUACCUCUUCACGUCCAAGUGGCCCCUGGGCCGGCCUCUCUGCCUCUUUUGGCUUUCCAUGGACUACGUGGCCAGCACAGCAUCCAUUUUCAGUGUCUUCAUCUUGUGCAUUGAUCGCUAUCGCUCGGUCCAGCAGCCCCUCAGAUACUUGAGGUAUCGUACCAAGACCCGAGCAUCAGCCACCAUCUUGGGGGCCUGGUUUCUGUCCUUCCUGUGGGUUAUUCCCAUUUGGGGCUGGCAUCACUUCGUGUCACAGACCUGGAAUCGCCAGGAGGACAAGUGUGAGACAGACUUCUAUGAUGUCACCUGGUUCAAGAUCAUGACCGCCAUCAUCAACUUCUACCUGCCCACCUUGCUCAUGCUAUGGUUCUACACCAAGAUCUACAAGGCUGUACGGCAGCACUGUCAGCACCGAGAUCUCAUCAACGGAUCCCUCCCUUCCUUCUCUGACGUUAAGCUGAAGCCAGAGAAUCCCAAGGUGGAUGCUAAGAAAUCAGAGGAGUCUCCCUGGGAGGUUCUGAAAAGGAAGCCAAAAGAUGCUGGUGGUGGAUCUGUCUUGAAGCUACCAUCUGAAGACCCAAAGGAGAUGAAGUCCCCAGCUGUUUUCAGCCAAGAGGAGGUUGGAGAAGUAGACAACCUCCACUGCUUCCCACUUAACACUGUGCAGAUGCACACUGAGGCAGAGGGGAAUGACAGGGGCUACGUAGCCAUCAACCAGAGCCAGAGCCAGCUUGAGAUGGGUGAGCAGGGCCUGAACAUGCGUGAGGCCAACGAGAUGCCAGAGGAUCAGAUCCUGGGUGACAGCCCAUCCUUCUCCCAGACAGACUUAGACACCCCCCCAGAGCCAGCAUCUGGGAAAGGCAAACCGAGAGGUGGGUCUAACACAGGCCUGGAUUACAUCAGGUUCACUUGGAAGAGGCUCCGCUCACAUUCGAGACAGUGCGUGUCUGGGUUGCACAUGAACCGAGAACGGAAGGCUGCCAAACAAUUGGGGUUUAUCAUGGCAGCCUUCAUCCUUUGCUGGAUUCCUUACUUCAUCUUCUUCAUGGUUAUUGCCUUCUGUAAGAGCUGUUGCAAUGAGCAUGUACACAUGUUCACCAUCUGGCUGGGCUACAUUAACUCCACACUGAAUCCCCUCAUUUACCCUUUGUGCAAUGAGAACUUCAAGAAGACGUUCAAGAAAAUCCUGCACAUUCGCUCCUAAGGGAGACUAGAAGGGGAUGCAACAAAGUGACAUUUAGGAUGUCCCUGAAGGAAAUGGAGGAUGAAGGCCUGUGAGCUGCCAGGUACCUGGGCUUUCUGGAGUCAAAAGAAUAGUCUUAAGGGCUGGGUAAUUUGGAAAGUUCUCAGGCACCAUUGGAAGAACAGCAUAUGGCGGUGGUCAGUGGAGAGAUUGUACUCUGAGUAGAAAGUUGAAUAUUUCCAAGAGAAUCAAAUCUGGAUAAUUUUUCCUGCUCUGCAGGAAGUGUGGGAGCCUCAGACUCUCAUUGUAAUUCAAGCUUUCAGGCUUGAAUUAAUUGGCAACCAAAGGGACAUGUGGGUAGAGUUCCACUGGAAAAUUAGAUGGAACUCUGGAGCCUUCCUGGAAUGGCGCUGUAUGACUGUGCAGAGACCUUGCACAUGCAGAUAGAUGCUGGCCUGUCUCAUGGGUCACCUUGAGAGGCAUGACAGCUGUUCCACUGUGACUGCCACUUCUCAGAACAUCUCUCUUCCGAGCCUCUUUUAUAGCUUUCUCCAGAACCAGUGUCUGGAACACCCUGGAAAUUCUGCCUUAUUACUUCUCACUCACGCAUGUCUUAGAGUUGAUAGGAAAUUAUGCAGCUUGUACAUCCAUUGUUUUCAACUCCAAAUUCCUUUUGGCUAUUAAAAAAAUAACGAUAAAAACUGCUCUCAAAAGAAACAGAAAAGGAAUGUUCUUAAUGGUUGCACAUUAAAAACAAAAAAAGAAAAAGGGGAGGAGAAAGCUAUAUUUCCUGAGGGCUGUGCCAGGUUUAUGUCACUUAAGCCCCAUGACACCCCACAAGAGGAGGGUGGUAUUGCUAAAGGAGCAAAUUGAGGCACAGAAAGGUGAAAUAAAGUGCCCAAGAUCAAAUAGCUAGUUAUGUGAGGAAGCUACAGUGAAAACCCUGUGGGGUUCCAGAUCAUUGUGACACAUUUUCUCCAAAAGGCAAAAGUUUUCCUGUUAAGUACACACACACACACACAAACACACAACAUUGCCAAGAGUGGUGACAUUUUCUCAAAACAAUAUGUUGAGAGCAGCAACAGCUGACAUAGAACAUGUCUGUGGCCUCAGAAGGUGAUACUUUGAAAGGGACGGUGUGCAUUUUUAUCUGUGAGUUCUGCUGUGUUUGUUGAAAAGUCGUGUUCUUUUAUAGUCACACCUCUUAUGUAAAAACUAGCAAAGGCAUGGGAACAUACCAUUUUACUUGGUGUUUGUGUUGCAAUCUGAUUGUGAUUUAUAUUUUAAAAUGAUGCUAAACUGUAAUAUAUGUAGCAAAUGGGAGUGCCUAUACAAGCUGGUAUUUUGUGUCUUGUGUUCCUGUUUGCAUGAUCUCUUCAAAUGAGAGAUUUUUACCAACCUAAAAUAUGGUCUUUGAAACUAUACUGUUAUGAGUUUGAUUUAUUUAAUUCUACCUUUCUGAGUCUCUUGGACUGAGAAGAUGUAUUGAAAUAUACUGUUAUUUGUAAUGUACUGUCAAAUGUCAUGUUACAAGAUUUGAAACAGGG